CCAAAUCUCGAACGCGAUGGAUCGUCGCGCUGUUUCCAACAAUACAUUCGGUCCCAAUACCAUUAUCGUUCAAGGCGACUUUACAUCCCCUGGGCCACUUCCGACUGUGAACAAUGCGGCCCAUGCCAAUGGAUCACGUCGAGAGAGAGAAAUAGAGAUCCUGAGAAGACUUUAUAAAUUGCCAUAUGAUGAUCGAAAAAAUCGAAAUCCAGAUCGGGCCCAAAAAACCUGUGAGUGGUUUGUAGCUCACAAGCGCUUUCAAGAAUGGCAAGAAAGCAAACAGUCAACAACACUUUGGGUAUCUGCAGAUCCUGGAUGUGGAAAGUCAGUCCUAUCAAAACAUCUAGUCGAUUCAAUACUGCCAAGCUCAGCCUCCAGAACAACAUGCUACUUCUUCUUUAAGGACGACUUUGAAGAUCAGAAAAAUGUCGUUAAUGCUCUCUGCUGUAUCCUGCACCAACUCUUUAAGCAAAAACGUGUCCUACUCUCCGACGCUAUUCUCGAAGAGUUUGAAAUAUAUAAAGAAGAGAUUACUGGCUCAUUUGGGAAACUUUGGGACGCCCUUCUCAGUGUUGCUGAGAACAAAAGCGCUGGCGAAAUCGUGUGUGUUCUAGACGCAAUUGAUGAAUGCGAAGACCGCGGAAGGUCUCAGCUCGCUCGAGCAUUACAAACACUCUAUAAUACUGGAAGAAGCUUUAAUUUAAAGUUUCUCUUAACUAGUCGACCCUAUGUUGACAUUCGGCAUGGUUUCCGGCCUCCGGACAUCCCAGAGUUGGCUGUUAUUCAUCUGAGCGGGGAGAGCGAUGUUGAGAUGAUAAAGAUAUCCCAGGAGAUUGAUAUUUUUAUUCAGGCUAGAGUCCAGGUUGUCGGGGACAACCUUCAGCUUACCGAUGACGAGCAAGACCUUUUACUGCGAGAGCUUAUGCGGGUUCCUAACCGAACGUAUCUAUGGGUGCAUCUCACUCUGGACUUGAUUGAGCAAGACCUCGAUCUCGACAAAACUGCAAUAGUCAGAACCACUUCCCACCUUCCAAAUACGGUUGAAGAGGCAUACGACAAGAUUCUAUCCAGAAGCCGCAAUUUGGAAGAGGCUAAGAAGCUGCUGCAUAUUGUGGUUGCAGCCGCGCGGCCCUUAACCCUGAGUGAGAUGAACCUAGCGUUGACAUUGAGAAGCCACCACCAUUCGUAUGACAAACUUGACCUCAAAUCAGAAGAGCGAUUCCGAGAGAAUGUCCGAGAUCUCUGCGGCCUCUUCGUAGCGAUUAUCAACUCAAAGAUCUACCUGCUUCACCAAACAGCAAAGGAAUUUUUAGUCCGGAAUAACUCAGCCAAUGUUUCCGAACCUAUUUAUGAAAAUCUUAAAUGGAAACACUCACUGUGGCCGCAAGAAUCUCACCGUAUUCUCGCCGAGAUCUGCAUCUGGCACCUACUCUUCACAGAAUUUGGGGCCCAAUAUCCUGACGAAGAGGGAAUGAUUUCCCAGUGCAUUGAUAGCUCGGUCUUCCUAGACUACUCUGCCAAUUAUUGGACCACUCAUGUCCGCGAAUCGCGUAUCGAUGUCAAGAAUUCACUUAGUCAAUCAAUAUUAAAGCUCUGCGAUGAGAACUCGAAUACUUGUCUGCUUUGGCUUAGGAUCUAUUGGAGGGGCACGAAUACAGAUUUCCCGCGCAGAUUCACUGCGCUUAUGAUUGCAUCCUAUUUUGGGCUUACAACAGUGAUAAAACUUUUACUUACAUUAGAUGGCACUGGCCUAAAUUCCAAGGAUGGUACAUAUUGGCGGUCAGCGCUGUCUUGGGCUGCAGGAAACGGCUAUCACGUCGCUGUAAAGCUGCUAAUCAAGGGCGGGAGGAGCCGCUGGAAAGGCAUCAAGCUACCAUUUAAGGUGGGAGCACAAGUGGAUUCGGUGGAUCGACACAAUUUAACACCGCUAUCCCACGCCGUUCUAAAUGGGCACGUUGCCGCCGCCAAACUCUUACUUAAGGCAGGAGCCAGCGUCAACACAAGGGAUAUCAUUGGAGGGACGCCAUUAUCAUAUGCCGUUUGUAACGGGCAUGAACACAUGGUAAAUCUACUUUUAAAGAAAGGAACCAUUGUCGACUCUGAGGAUGACAUGAGCGCGGGGCUACUUUUGUCCGCUGCAGAGAAGGGCCAUGAGGGUAUCGUAAAGCUCCUGCUUGAUAGAGGCAGAGUUGAUCCUGACUCAAAGGAUAAAGAUGGCAACACGCCAUUAUAUCUGGCUGUCAGGUAUGGCCAUAGGCCUAUCAUCGAACUCCUACUUGAAAACAAAGUCACCAUAACAAAGGAGAUCGUCAAGGCUGCGGCAAGAAAUACAUGGUCUGGUAAGAAGGUAAUGACAUUACUCCUUAACCAGCAAGGAGAUCAGGUUACUAUUACAGAGGAGGGUGCAUCUACUAUUGCCGCGAUAUUUGAUAAAGAAAUAAUCUUAUUGCUCCUUGACCGACGAGGAAACCAGAUUACUAUUACAGAGGAGAUCGUUAAAGCUAAGGCAGAAGAAUGGGGAAAUGGCAAGGAAGUAAUGACAUUGCUCCUUAACCAGCAAAUUACUAUUACAGAGGGAGCUGUAUCUACUAUUGCCGCAAUGUUUGAUGAACAGAUGAUGUCGUUGCUCCUUGACCGGCGAGGAGACAAGAUUACUAUUACAGAGGAGGUCGUCAAGGCCGCAGCAAGAAAUGUGGAGAGUGGCAAGGAAGUGAUGCAAUUGCUCCUUGACCAGCGAGGAGACGAGAUUACUAUUACAGAGGAGGUCGUCAAGGCCGCAGCAGGAAAUGGGAAUGGCGAGGAAAUAAUAGCAUUACUCCUUAACCGGCGAGGAGACCAGAUUACUAUUACAGAGGAGGUCGUCAAGGCCGCAGCAGGAAAUUGGAAUGGCGGGAAUGUAAUGGAAUUGCUCCUUGACCAGCGAGGAGACGAGAUUACUAUUACAGAGAACAUCAUUAAAGCUGCAGCAAGAAAUGUAGGGGGUGGCAAGGAAGUGAUGGAAUUGCUCCUUAACCAGCGAGGAGACGAGAUUAAUAUUACAGAGUAUAUUAUUAAAGCUGCGGCACAAAAUUGGAAUUUUCGCAAGGAAAUGAUAGCAUUGCUCCUUGACCGGCGAAAGCAGCAGAUGAUGAGAGAAUAGCAUAAUAUUAGAGCUGCAUAAGAAAUACAAAGGUAAUAGCAUUACUCUUUGACCGGCGAGGAGAUGAAAUUUUUAUUACAGAGCAUUUUAUUCAAGCUGUAGGGGGGUUAUGGCAUUGCUCCUUAACCAGCGAGGACGCGG